AUGUCUCCAGAAGAAGGACUGACGGGAAGAAAGAUUAUCUAUGACGAGGACGGGAAACCUUGUCGAUCUUGUAAUACAUUAUUAGACUUUAAAUUUGCUACUGGAACAAUUAGCAAGGCUGGAUCAGUGAUACCUGCAAUGGCUGCUACCGAUAACUCUGCUGAGGAGUUGAUCCCUGGCUCUAAGACUUACAAGAAGAUUGAUCCACCUGAUGUUCAGCAGCUCGGUGCCAGUUCAUGGUCUCUACUACACUCCAUUGCUGCAAAAUACCCAAAAACUCCUUCAGAGACUCAGCAGAAAGAAAUGUCCCAAUUCCUGAACAUUUUCUCACACAUAUACCCUUGUAAUUGGUGUGCUGCUGACUUUGAGAAGUAUAUUAGAGAGAAUGCUCCAAAAGUUAGUUCUCGAGAAGAACUCGGUAGGUGGAUGUGUGAUGCCCAUAAUAAGGUCAACGUGAAACUUGGCAAACCAAAAUUCAACUGUGACUUCUGGGAGAAACGCUGGAAAGAUGGUUGGGAUGAGUAA